GGGCGUUUUAGGGUUUAUAGCAUUUUGGAAGAAAUGGGCGAGAUCGUGGAGGACGUGCCGCUGCCGCUGCUGUUCCAGCGCGCGCAGGCGCUUCACACGCGGAGCGCUUCGUCCCAGCUCGAUCCGGACGAGCUCAACAAGGGAAUUAGGUUGCUGCUACAAUGCCAGGAGAUGGUGGACAAGCUCGCGAUCUUCUCCAGCAACGAGAAGAAGGAGGAUGUUAGCACUUCCGACCUAAAGUAUUUGCUGGUGGAGUAUUAUCUAGGCGAGCUGACUGAGAGGACUCCAGCUACGGAACGUAUCGAUGUUGUUAGAGCUGCAAUCAAUCAUCUUAAGACCUUUGUUAGAUCCUGCGAGCUUCUGGAUCUUGUACCCGAGGGUGAAUUGGUGGCAUCGACACGCGACACUCCUGUUGAUCCUGCAACGCGAAGAGCUGAGAAGAUAACACGAUUCAAGAGGCAGCGAGCUGCAGAAUCUAAGCUGCAGGAGAUUAAUGAGAGGAAGGAACGACGGAGACGUUCCAUGCAAGCAGCUGGGAAACAAGUUGUUGAUUACGGCGAGGAAGAUAUUCCAGAUGGAGACGACGAGGAGGAGCGAGAAGCUUGGUUUGUCCAAUUAUCUUUGGCAGUGUGUAAGGCGGUGGAUCUUUUAGAAAUGCUUCAACGGGAGGAAACAAUGCUAUUAGCUGUGAGAAAGGAAAACGAGAACGGAGGUGAGUUUGCUCAAGCCGUUCUUGACGAGAGACACGCUAAAGCGGAGGCCUGGCAUCGUGAGUCCGCCACCAAGUCGAAGGUGUUGAGACCAGCGCAACCAAUAACCUGCGCAACUUUCGCCCAAGAUGUGAUUGAAGGGAGAGCAAAUAUUUCCGACGGUCACCAGCACAGCCAUCAACCUCUGUUCGGCCCGGCCAGUCUGGUUGGCAGCAGCAUAACAACUGAGAGGGAACGACUUGCAGCGCAGGUCUUCCAACCCAGUCACAGCUUGCCGAGCAUGAGCAUUGAGCAGGCGGGGCUGAAAGAGAUGGAGAUGAUGCGGAAGUGGCAAGAGAGGAACCAGCAGCUGCAGCAGGAGUCCAAGUCGACCUGGCUCGAGGAGGAGAGCAAGGACGGGAGUGACGAUGAGGCAGCGGAGAGCAAGCAGCGAGCGUGGGACGAUUGGAAGGAUGAAAAUCCUCGUGGCUCUGGCAACAAGAAGUUGACGCCUUGCGGGUGAAAGAUGCGUGUCUUGUUUCUUUUUCUUUUUUAUUCCAACGCAUAGAAUAACAUUGGGAUAUUCGUUAUUGGCAGCUA